AUAGCUUGAGAGAGUCAGGGAGACACAUAUUUUAAUCUUAAAUUAUGUAAUUACAUGUUAGUGUGUAAUUUCUAUUUCCAAUCGGCUGAACAAAGCGAUUGCGACUCAAAAUCAAGCACUGUCACACAUACUUCCUGUUUUGUGAUACACUCUAUAUAACAAGAACAACAACCUUGUGGUAACUGGUAACUAAACAUUUUGAAUGAAAUGAGUUCACGUUCAAGAAAUCCAUUUGUACGCACAAACACAAAGACUUCGAUAUGGUCACAAUGUAGUCCUGAAAUUCUGCGACUUCAGGAAGACAAGGAGCGGAAACAGAAUUGGAAGCGCUGGGGUCCUUAUUUGUCAGAACGGCAAUGGGGAACAGUUCGAGAAGACUAUUCAGCAGAUGGUGGAUGUUGGGACUAUUUCUCCCAUGACCAAGCACGAUCUCGAGCAUAUCGUUGGGGUGAAGAUGGAUUGCUGGGUAUAACGGACAGACAAUGCCGACUUUGUUUUGCCCUUGCUUUGUGGAAUGGAAGAGAUCCUAUUUUAAAAGAAAGAUUGUUUGGCUUGACAGGACCUGAAGGUAACCAUGGGGAAGAUGUAAAAGAAUGCUAUUAUUAUCUUGAUUCACUGCCAACUCACAGCUAUAUGAAAGCGUUGUACAAAUACCCACAAAAUGAGUUUCCAUAUGGCUGGCUUGUUGAAGAAAAUAGGAAAAGGAGUGUUCAUGAUUUGGAAUUUGAACUGUGUGAUACUGGUGUAUUUGAUGAUAGUAGGUAUUGGGAUGUGAUGGCAGAAUAUGCUAAGAAUUCUCCUGACGAUAUCUUAAUAAAUAUAACCAUUAGCAACAGGGGAUCAGAAGCAGCUACUAUCCAUGUGUUGCCCACACUUUGGUUCAGAAACACUUGGAUAUGGGGAUGUAAACAUGAAGGUUGUACAAUGAAAGCAAAGAUUAGUCAGGAUGGUGAGGGACGUGUAAGGACAAAACAUGAUGUAUUGCAAGAAUUUGUGUGUGAUUUUGAGGGAUCAACAAAAGGGAAGGCACCUGUGUUGCUUUUCACGGAAAAUGAAACAAAUUCUGAGAAACUCUUCAACAUUGCUCAAUACACUCCUUAUACAAAAGAUGCUUUUCAUCGUUACAUCAUCAAUGAUGAAACAGAAGCUGUGUGUCCUUCAGGGAAAGGCACAAAGGUUGCUGCGCAUCAUGUGUUAGACAUCCCAGGAGGAGAGGAACGUGUACUGCGAUGUCGUCUUACGAUUGCAAAGGAAGCUGGGCAGGAACCAUUUGGUGCUGACUUUGAAAAGAUUUUCCAAACUAGAAAGGAUGAUGCAGAUGCAUUUUAUGAUAAAGUCAUUCCAGAUUCACUGAACUCAGAUGAAAGACUCGUAGCGAGACAAUCAUAUGCUGGAUUAUUAUGGACAAAGCAAUUUUAUCAUUACAUCAUUAAAGAUUGGUUAGAGGGUGAUCCAGAACAACCUUCGCCCCCUGCAAGACGAGCAAGCGGGCGCAAUUCUCAGACGGAGUGGAGAAAUCUUUUCAACAGAGACAUUAUAUCGAUGCCAGACAAAUGGGAAUAUCCUUGGUAUGCUUCUUGGGAUCUUGCCUUUCACAUGAUUCCAAUGGCUAAAAUCGACCCAGAGUUUGCAAAGUCUCAACUUCUUCUUUUUCUUCGGGAAUGGUACAUGUCCCCAAAUGGUCAAUUGCCUGCGUACGAGUUUGCUUUGAGUGAUGUUAAUCCUCCUGUUCACGCGUGGGCAUGUCUCUCUGUAUAUAAAAUGUCAGGGCCUAAAGGACAGCGAGACAACUUAUUUCUAGCACGAUGUUUUCAAAAACUUUUGUUGAAUUUUACUUGGUGGGUGAAUAGAAAAGACCCAAACGGUCAAAAUAUUUUUGGUGGUGGAUUUUUGGGUCUUGAUAACAUCGGUGUCUUUGAUAGGUCUAAGCCGCUUCCUACUGGCGGUCAUUUGGAACAGGCGGAUGGCACAGCGUGGAUGGCAUUCUAUUGCAUAAUUAUGUUGUCUAUUGCCUUGGAACUAGCUGUGUGGAGCGAUCCCAGCUAUGAAGAUAUGGCUUCAAAAUUUUUCGAACAUUUUGUGGAAAUUUCUGACGCGAUGAACCACAAAGGAUUGUGGGAUGAGGAAGAUGGAUUCUACUAUGAUCAAUUGCGACUUGAUGAUCAUUGUGAAGCUCGACUACGCGUGAGAUCCAUGGUUGGUCUCAUACCGUUGUACGCAUGUCUUGUAAUAAAUGACGAAUACGUGAAUAAACUUCCUGGUUUCAAAAAGCGAAUGGAUUGGUUCUUAAAGAACAGGGAAGAUUUAAAGGAGGAGAUCACCUUUGAUGUCAGAGUGGACGGAGAUUCAAGUUAUCACCAUUUACUCGCCAUUCCUUCUCCAGAUAAACUACGGUCGGUGCUCAAACAUUUGCUUCAUGAAGAAGAAUUUCUUUCACCGUACGGAAUACGUGCUUUAUCUCGCUACCAUAAGGAUAAUCCAUUCGAAGUUAACGUGCAAGGUGAAGUACAUCGUGUUGAGUAUGUUUCAGGAGAGUCAAAUACAUACAUGUUUGGUGGUAAUAGUAAUUGGAGAGGACCUAUUUGGCUUUGUGUGAAUUAUCUUCUUGUGGAGUGUCUUGAGAGAUACGACUAUUAUUUUGGCAAAGAUUUUACCAUAGAAUGUCCGACUGGGUCUGGUAAACUCAUGAGACUUCGUGAAGUGAGCAUCGAAAUUCGUAAUCGUCUUGCGGGAAUAUUUUUAGCGGACGAGAAGGGACGCAGACCAUGUCAUGGGGAUGACAAGAGAUACGCCGAGGAUGAACAUUGGAAAAAUCUUGUUCUUUUUUAUGAAUUUUUUGAUGGUGAUACCGGGCGAGGUUGUGGAGCAAGUCAUCAAACUGGAUGGACGGCUGUUAUCACACGUUGUUUUGACAAAAUUGCUGCUGAUCGAGAAGAAAGUCAGCCUUAGCAGUUUUAAUGUGGAGUGAAACUUUAGAGAAUGGUUUAUGCCAGCAUGUUUGUAGUUUAAUUUACAUAUGAAUCAAGGCCAUUAUAGCCAAUCCAGUUUUUCUUGAAAAUAACUAGAGAUGAAUCAGAUCAUAAGAAAGUGAGUGUUAAAAAACAUUGGGUGAUCAACAGUAAAUUUAAUUUAUCUAUGAA